AUGUUCAUCUGUAUUAAACACGGAGGUAAGACCAAAGUCAUAAAAUGCAUUCCACUAGUUUCACAUUUUGAUGUUUGCAAUGUUAGAAACUGUAUUUCAGGCAAUUUCUUUAUUUUCAUUCUAUCUCCUCCCUUUGCAGACAAUGAGCAGUUUCUGGCCAACACCAACUGCUCUGUGGUUCUCCUGCUGCAGUACAUGAGAGUUAAGAUGGGCCUGCCGGAGACAGGUGGGAGUUCGGAGGGGGGGAGGGGGGGUCAUCAGGGAGGGUGGGAUGGAGGGCCUUAAUGAUGAUGACAGCUUCCUGAUUGAAAUGCUGCUGUGCCGAUGGUCCCUAAGGCCAUUGCUCUUACAGGCUAAGGGGGUCUUGAGUCUAUCCUAAGUUUAGUGUCACUGCUGUAACUAAGGCAGAGAAUGUGGAGGGAGAGUGCUGAUGUGAGUGUCAGGGACAGAGACAUGCGUGUGGGGGUUCACCGGAGGCUGGUGUUAAAUAUUUCACACUGCUCAACUCGAAGGGUGUCUGCUUACACCUGCUGGGUCCUGCCACACUUACCACUGUGUUGUCGCUAGGCCCAGAGCAAGCCUCCUCGACUAAUGAAACUAUCAUUACCACUCUCAUUAGCACAGAGUCUAAUGGGGCUUGCUGAUGAGUGGGUGUGACUACCGCAAGGCUAUCAGUAGUAAAUCCUGCACUCUGGCCCUCCCCCUCAUCAGCCACCUUUAUGUUAUGUUAGAUAUUCAACCAGUUUUGUCUCUUUCUCUACAUACGGAUAGAUUUGUCUUAAAUGUGUGUGUGUGCGUGUGCGUGUGCACGUGUUUCAGAGCUGGUGGAUCUGUGUGAUGACCGUGGGGCUCUGAAGCUUCUCUUUCUGUCCCAGCAGCCUCAGGAGUGUGCCAGCCGACUACUUCCUCCCCGCUGCUCCCUCACAUUCUGCAAUGUUAAUCGUGAGUUCUAAACAUAAUAGAAGUAGAACCAAUAGAGUGGACAAGGCCUCUAUGAAACUAUUCAUAAUUGCCAAAAAGGAGUUUCUAUACAUGGCUCUUCUUUGAUUUGAAGUAUAUGUUUAUCUUAUCAGGAAAUCCAAAGGAUGAUGCCUAUGUUUCCAUUACCCCCUUAGUGGUCAACCCAGACCCUGCACUUCUAGGUAACAAUACACUCUGCUUGUUAAUUAUGUGUGUGCAUUCACUUAAAGUAGUUCAUGUGUGUAUUCUGGAGGAUUUUUUUGUUUACCCUCUGUCUUAGCGUGUGUACAUAUGUUGUUCCUGUUUGUAUGUGUAUCAGAGACCCUACAGACUCAGACUGACAGCCUGGAGAGGGCUCGUCUCAGACAGCUCCACUCUCAGGAGGACCGCAGAGCCACAGAGGCGCCCUCUCAGACCCAACCCACACAGACUAAGGGCCGGGGCCGUGCCGUACAUAUGGACACCCCUGAUGACGAAGCCUCCAAUCGCCGGACUGGAGGCAGGAGGAGCAGGAACUGA